AUGACGAACCGCAAACGGCAUUGUAUUAGCAAGCGACAUCAAAGCCUCGUGCAAGAGCACAAGGAACGUCGAAUGGAACGGGAUUCACAGAGGGCGGCCGCUUUGGUUGUGAAUGAGGAGGCCAUGGAUAUUGAUCAGACCACUGAACUUGCACCUGACGGGAACGAACAUCAAACACUUACUGAAGAUACAUUCAGGGAUGUUGAGAUCCAAACAUUCGAAGAUCCGGAGGAAGUCCCACUGAGUCAAUUUGAGGAGGAGGAUUCGGACAAUGAGGAAGGGGAGCUGCAAUGGACUGAUAUGAUCGAAAUCGCAGUUGGCCAAAUUAACUCUGAGCCAGAAGAAGCUGCUCUUGCUGCAACGGAUCCGCUCUUUCGUCGUGAGGAAGCCGAGAUUGCAAAAAUUCGGCCGGAUAACUCUGCGUGGUAUCCUUUUCUCAAUAAAGAGUACCUUGUUGGCUCGUUGCUGAUUGGAUAUCUCCAUAAGCUCAUAUCUCGCGACAUGUACCAUCAAAUCCGCAUUGUCUUCACCUUGUACCACGUUCGGAUUCCUCGCUGGGAGGCGGAUUUAAUGAAUCCUCUUGUGGCAUCACAUCUUGAGUUUGUGCCAGAGGAGGCGCACGGAUACAAUAUCUUCAAACUUUCCCAAUCUUCCAAGUGGCUAAAGGACUUCAAAUCAGACCUUCGAGUUCAGAUGGUCGAAUCAAACACAAAACAUUUCUAUUUAUUUGAACCUGUACAAUUAGAAAGCUACAAAAUUGUAAUCCCCAUCUUCUUCUACACUGAAAAUGGUGCACUCUUCACAAAAUGCUAUAAACCAACUAUCAAAACAAAUCCAGACCAUUCUGCCGUUGAAAUUCACCUUGCCACCAAUCCCACUGAAAUUCCUUAUGAUGAUAUUACUCUUCAAACACUCUCUGUCAAAAAAUUAUCUGUCAUUUAUCAGGACAUCAAGUUAAAGAAUGGUUUGAAAUUGUCUGAGUGCUGCGGAAACAAUCUUAUCAUUGAAAACAGUUCUGAAAUCAGCUUGCCAAAUCCGUGGCGUAAAAAAUCUGCGGGAAAAAUCUUAAGAAAUGUUCCCAUCACUUUAUACUGUGAUGACACGUCUGGAAACAAAUCUAAAAAAUGGAAUAAACACAUCUCUUAUUACUUCACACUUUCUGGAUUGCCGCCCAAAAUCUCCAAUCAGCAAUUCAACUGUCAUUUUCUAUGCACAUCCAAUAUUGUGGGCGCUUUGGAACUUGGAGAAAUGGUUGUUGAGCAGUUAAAUGACAUGGCCAUAAAUGGCUUCGAAGCUUAUGAUUGCACAAUUGAUGAAGAAGUCCAUGUUAUGACCAGCUUGAUGUGUUUCACUGCAGAUUCCCCAAUGCACGCCGAAAUCACCAACACCCAUGUUCCAGGAAAUUCUCUUAACUCUUGUCGCUAUUGUACCUUGAGUUCCCCAACUUUGGCCGACAGAAAGAAGAUACCUUAUGUGGGAAAAUUUGUGCAGAAGAACUCACAUGGAUCAAAUUGCCCAAAUAAUCUGAGAACCAUGGAACAGACUAUUGAAAACUCCAAGAAACUCUGGACGUUUGCAAAGAAACCGUUAACAAACCUGGAAAAGUUGAAUACUGAAUCCGCCAAGCUAGCUUUUCGAGAUCAAAUGAAUUUAAAAUUUUGCAAACAGUUAUUUGAAUUUGAAUCAAAAAAAAUUGCAACACUCGAAGAAGAUGGCGAAUUACCACCUGAGAUGGAUCAGCCAAUUCCUCAAACAUUGGUGGAUUUGGAAGAAAAGGAACCUGAUAGAAUGUUUAAUCGGUUCUUGGAUUUGAGAGGGUUUGAUAUGGUCAAGGAUACUCCUGUCGAAGCUCUACACGUAAUCUUGCUUGGGGCAGUAAAAUAUUUGUUUCAAGAUUUCAUGAAGGGAUUGGACGAGGAUCAAGAAAAAGAACUCUUGGCGUUAUGGUAUUCUUUCAACACAAAUUCUCUCAACAUCCCCUCCAUCAGACCCACUAGCUUGAGUCUAUUCUUCGAUUUGGCCCGGCUUGUCUUUUUGCAACAGAAAAAUUUGAAAGUUACAAUGGUAUUCUUCGAAAUGCUUCAAUCCACUCCAACCGUCACAGUCCUGGCCAAGAUAUAG